AAGUGAGCAACAUCGCAGUGGUGCUGCAAGAACUCCACAGAAAGAGAAAUGGAAAUACUAUGACAUAAUGGAAUUUUUGCGAGAUACUUGUUUAAUACGCUCAACUGCAACAAACGUUAGUCGGACUACUUCCAUUACUCACAUGUCGGAUGAAGAUGCCAAUAUUCUUGAACCACCAAGCGAUAUCGACGCAGAUACUGAUGAUAUACUGACGAAUAGCACUUUGAUUACAGAAAAACAGAUCUCUAAAAGGGCCCGUAAGAAUUCCAAUAAAGAUUCUGAGGAAGCGGCAAAGGCUAUAAAUAGGAUUGCAGAUGUGUUGUGCAAUAACGAAUCACCCGUCGUCUUACCUUCGAUCUGUUCCGGAAGUAGAUGAGGUCGAAUCAAUGUUGCAUGCAGUAGGGCUACAAUUACGGCGUCUAGAAUAUAAUGACCGAAUGGAAGUACUGAUGAACGUCGUACAAUUUGCUUAUAACCAAAUCAAAGAGUGUUUGUGAAAAAUGCAUUUUCGACAGAAAAAUGUGUUUCUUUGGAAAACUCAUUUCUUGAGACCAAAAAACGUGUUUAUACCGAGAAAAAAAAUCAUAAAAUUAAACAAAAAGGACUGUAGUUUAUCAGAAUGUUCACUAAUUUUACUAUGGAUUUUUUUCGUGUAGGAAAAAGGAAAUAUUGGGGCAGAAAAUACGGAUUAAAAAACACGUUUUAUUAAAAAAAUAUAUAUUUGUGACACAUCAUUUCUUUGCUUGCGGAAAUCUGUUUUCACGAAGAUUCACUUUUUUUAAGAAAACAAAAACUAUAUUUAUUCGAGGAAAAAUGAUUUCGUCAAGUAAAGAAAUGUAUUAUAUUUUGACAAAAAAUUAAUUUGCAAGGAAAUCAAUUGCGAGCAAAAAGAGACGAACCUUUAAAAAAAUGAAAUUUUUCAACCACGAAUUAAAAAUGUGGAAAAAUUGUAGUUUUAAUUCGAUUAUUUCAAAUUCUUGCUGGAAAGAUAUUUUUUCCGUAUAUAAUAUAGCUAAGAAAAUUUCUGAUUCUUCUAAUUUUUUGCAACAUUUUUAAAAAUUAAUCUUUAGAGUGUAUAAAUUUAG